AAGGUUAAACCCACGUCCUUUGUAUGCGAGUCCCCCGGUUGCGGCAAGAUUUUUUCACGGGCCUAUAAUCUGACUUCGCACAUGAAGACCCAUUCUGACGAGAAGCCCUUCUUGUGCGGAUCGUGCCCUCUUGCCUUUGCAAGACGCCAUGACCGCGAGCGACACGUUCGAUUGCACACUGGCGAGAAACCUUACACGUGUGAAAGCUGCGGUUGUGGCUUUAUGAGGAACGAUGCCCUUCAUCGCCACCAACGA